AUGCCUGUCUCUCAUCUGACCCUGACGGUCUCGCACCUCCCCACCUCGACGUCAUUCUUCCUCUCCUGCCUACAACCCCUGGGCUAUCAGUUCAUUGGCCGUCAUGACGACUACAUUGGCUUUGGCCAGAAUGCCGGUGAGCCGGCCGACUUCUGGAUAACCGAACAAAAACCUGGAGUCCCAGCUGGUGCCGCACAUGUUGCGUUCCCUGCCCCUUCCAAGGAUGCAGUGGGCGCGUUCUUCAUCUCCGCGCUGAAGGCUGGCGGAAAGAUCCACGGCGAGCCCAAGACCCGGGAUUCGGAGUCGGGUUACUACAGCGCAGCUAUCGUCGACGUCGACGGCAACAGCAUCGAAGCCGUCUUCCGACCCAGCACUUCGUCCGCCCGCUCGGAAGUCAGCAGACCGGCUCUGGCUUUGCUCGAAAACGGAUCCGUUGUCUCCAAGGCCACCAGCAAGGUCAGCUCGGUCAAGCCGGAAAGCGUUGCGCCGCCGAGAUCCGAAGCCCGGUCUCAUGUCUCCAGAGGAAUGAGUGCCGUUGACCGAGAACGAUCUGCCCCCUCCGAAAGAGGCGCGCCCUCCGUUUCUCCGCGAGAGAUCCAGCAGGCUCCGUCGCCGACGUACGUUGUUCACCACACGACCCAGAAGACCGAUGACGGCAAGGCCGCGAAGACCAUCGUCGGCACCCUGAUCGGAGCUGCUGCCGGUGCAGCACUCGCAUAUGCCAUGGCCAAGGGCGACUCCGAGUCGUCGUCCGAGACCUCGCCGCCGCCUCAGUAUUCGCCGCGCGACAUCGCCCAGCUCAUCGCCCCUUCGCAGGCCUCGUCGCAGACGCACGAACCGCAGGCCUUCCGGGCCCUCGAGGCGCCUCCCCCAAGAAGCACCUACUCUCAGUCCGAGAUGCGCCCUUCGCUGACCCGCAGCGUCACCUCGAAGAACCCCCGUGCCAGCACCAUCUACGAGGGCACGGAAUACGUCCCCCGGGGUGGCGGCAGCGUCUACAUGGACGAUAACGGCCGUCGCGCCUCGGAAGGAAGCGUCUACAGCUCUGCCUCACGGGAGGUGCCUCUGCGGGCAAUCGAGUAUCCCCCGCCUCUCGACUCGCGAGGCUACGCCAGCACGUUCAUCAGCAGCUUCCCCGAUCGCUCGCGGGCGAUGGACAACGGCAGCGUGUACUCGUCGUCCACCAUCAAGCCCUCCAAGGCCAACUACCAGGACCACCACUCUUCCCACCACAGCUCCCACCAGUCCUCGCACCACUCCUCUCGCCAUUCCAUGACGCGAUCCCACUCCGGCAGCGCCGCCUCCUCCGUCCGCAGCGCCCGCCACGCCCCCGAGGGCUCCGUCGCGUCCUACCGCAGCGGCACCAAAUCCAAAGUGACAGCCCGCGACGUCCCCCUUCCCGAGAGCGUCAUCGACGGCUGCGACGUGAACACCCAAGUCACCCCCGAUGACUCCAUCAGCCAGGUGGACAACUCCGAGCGCCGCUCCUCCUACUCCCACCACUCCCACCGGUCCCACGCCUCCAAGCCGGCCUCCCGCGUCUCCUCCAAGCACUCCAGCAAGUUCGACGAGCCCGUCCGCCCCAGCGACAGCGUCAGCCAGGUCUCCAGCCACGCCCCCAGCCAAGCCUCCAAGGCUUCGCAGCGCACCAUCAAGGCCGGUGGGGGCAGCAUAGCGGGUGGCUCCAAGGCCGGGUCGAAGAUCAGUCCCAGCCGUCGGGGGAGCCAGGUUGCCUAG